AUGAAGACUCUAGAUUACAACGCUGUCACUGUGGCUUGUGCCACAAUCGGAGUGACUGUAUUCCUUUUUGUCGGGAACGUUUUCUACAACCUCUUUCUUCAUCCUCUGCGCAAAUACCCUGGUCCGUUGCUACACCGAGCCACUCGUUUGGGCUAUGUUUACAACUUGAUGGGUGGCUUUCUGCCUCGACACGUACUUGCCUGGCACGAAAAAUACGGCCCAGUGGUUCGCAUUGCACCAGACCAGCUCGCCUUUAUCGACCCCGAGGCCUGGAAGGAUAUUUAUGGCCACCGGACGGGCUCAUACAUUGGCACAGAGGAAAUGGCCAAGUCUGAGACCUUUUAUGUCACGCCUCGCAUCCCGCUGUCUAUCAUUACGGAGAAGCGCGGGAAUCACGCAAUAUUGCGCAAAAAGCUAUCUCACGGCUUCAGCGAGCGGGCUAUGCGCGAACAAGAACCCAUCAUCAAGAGCUAUGUCGAUCUUCUUAUCCAGCGGCUGUACGAGAACUGUCAUCUGCCCGAGAGCAGUACCGAAUACAGUGACGAUGCUGCGGCUGCUAGCGAGAAGACCCCCAAGCUUCAGGCAUUGGACAUGACGGUCUGGUACAACUGGACGACGUUUGAUAUUAUUGGCGAUCUGGCCUUUGGCGAGUCCUUUCACUGCUUGAAAGAUGUCAAAUACCACCCAUGGGUGGAUGCCAUUAACAAGACGAUUCUUAACAACAGUGUGCUUAUUGCGACCAAGAUGAUGUACCUGACAUUCCUGAUAAAGGUUUUCUUCGGCUUCGCUGCAGAGGGCCGCAAGAAGUCGUUGGAAAUGAGCAUUAUCAGAGUCCAAAAACGCAAGGCACUUGGAGUAGAGCGUCCAGACUUUCUUGACGGCCUGAUCAAGCCUGGAAAGAACGAGAAGCAGGUUCUUGAUAUCCCGCACCUUGCAAGCAAUGCCAGCACUUUAGUUCUGGCUGGUUCAGAGACCACAGCCACACUCCUUUCCGGCGUGACCUAUCUGCUGCUUAAGAACCCCAAAACCCUUGAAAGACUGACUGCGGAGGUGCGCUCGACCUUCUCGUCCGAGAGCGAGAUCAACUUUGUAUCUGCAAAUGGCCUUAGCUACAUGCUUGCGUGUCUCAAUGAAGCACUUCGCUGCUAUCCACCGGUUCCCUUCGGUAUGCCCCGUAUCGUUCCAAAGGGCGGUGCCACAAUUGCUGGAAACUUUGUUUCCGCAGGUACUUCCGUGGCUUGUUGGCAAUGGGCUAUGAACUACUCUCCCGUUAACUGGGAGGACCCGAACUCCUUUAAGCCAGAGCGGUUCCUCGAAGGCAGCAGAAAUGUAAACGACAAUCUCGAUGCAAUGCAACCAUUUUCGAUGGGUCCCCGUAACUGCAUCGGGCGGAAUCUUGCCUAUACUGAGAUGCGCCUGAUCUUGGCACGCAUUCUUUACAAUUUUGAUAUACAACUGGCCGAUCCCAAUCUGGACUGGAUGGAACACCAGGGUUCGUACAUUCUCUGGAACAAACCACAGCUCAAUGUAUACUUAAAGCCCGUUGUUCGGGACUGA